GAUGCUGUGGAGAAAGCGAACUCCUUUUGGUUUCAGCACUUGGCGCUGUUCAACGACGUGUGAAUGAAACGUGAUCCGGGAGAGACGUGGUUGAAGGAGUGAAGGCUGCGGUUUUGUCGGGUAAGGAAAAAAGGUUGUAAAAACUAGAAGAUGAAUGAAUUGAAAUCAUUAUAUGAAAAUGAACAAAAAUGAAAAGACACUUCGGGUUUUUCCGUAAAGGAGGAGGGGGAUCUUUUUCGGGGCACUCCGGAAACAUCGAAUGCGGAAAAGAUACGUAAGUCGCAGAGGCGCAUACGACACGUAAAGAGAGAAAGAGAGAGAGAGGGUGCCCACCUUUCUGUCCCAGAAUGCAGUGGACGCUUGACUUCCUCCCUCUCCCCCCCUGCCCAGAGCUUGGAGCACAGCCCCUCAACGGGCUCCUGUGGGCCCUGCUGGUUCUGUUCCUCUGGUACUGCUACCGGGUCGGCUCUGACCCCCCUGUUACCGGCAGGACCCACCCAGGCAAGCUCAAGUCAAGCUGUGUCCGGACCAGGCAGAUGUCCAGGUCCAGCAGCUGUAGCAGCACCAGUGAUGGCAUUGAUGCCGGGGGCAGCACCACAAAGACCGCCCUUGGUGACAGCGGAACCCCCUGCAUCGCCAUGGCGAUGGGGGAGGAGGAGGAAGAAGAGGACACAGAUGGGGGGCGUCGACGUGGCUAUCUCACCCCUGUGCUGAGCUACGCCCUGUUCCCUACUCAGGCUCCACCUGCCAGCAAAAAGCUUUACAGUGCCUUGCAAGAGUAUGCUAAGCGUUACAGCUGGGCUGGGAUGGGGAGGAUUCAUAAAGGCCUGAGAGAUCAGGCUAGACUCAGCGAUCGCUCCUCUAUCCAGAAGCCACAUCUAUUCUUCCUCCCAGAUGUUCCCAGCAUUCCUUUUUUUCCGCGAGAUGCCCACCGCCAUGACAUCGAAGUCUUGGAGGCCAACUAUCCCAUAAUUCUGGCUGAGUUCCAGGCAGUCUACCAGCGUGGCAUAGAUACAAAGUUGGGAUGGACCUGCCAGGGGCCCAAGGGCCAGGCAGUGUUCCCGCUGUACAACGCCGGGGUGUGUGUGGCAGCGAACUGCCGGUCCUGCCCUUGCACCUACCGCACCCUGCUCUCCCUGCGGACCUUCAUCAGCAGCAACUCCUUAGGGGCUGCCGGCUUCUGGCUGCUCGGGCCUGGGGUCACCCUGGGGGGAGGGUACGGCCCCACCAACACACGACUGCGCUGCCACUUGGGGCUGCAGACUCCCCCUCAGUGUGAGCUGGUGGUGGGAGGGGAGCCCCAGUGCUGGUCAGAGGGACACUGUCUCCUGGUGGAUGAUUCAUUCCUCCAUACGGUCUCGCAUAAUGGUGUAGCAGAGGAUGGCCCUAGAGUGAUAUUUAGUGUGGACCUCUGGCACCCAAAUGUUGCUGCAGCAGAGAGACAAGCACUGGACUACAUCUUCUCCCCUGAGCAAUAGACUGCAAAUCCCACUGUGCUAUGGUUUUACUGCCUGUCCUUUAACCACUUCAGUUCCAUGACAUACAGUGCCUGCACACAUCAAAUUAAAAAACGAGUAAAUGGCUAUUUUCCAAACUGGAGCCAAAGUGGUUUAAGAGGGGGAGUAUCUGGAGUCUAAUGUGUUAUCGUGUAGACAUACAUUACUUGGAACACAAAAAAAUAUCUUGUCCUUCUAGAUUUUGGGGAUUUUGGGGAUUUGUGGGAUUUGUAGAUUUCAACUUCUGAACAUCUGUCUGUUUCCUCUCACUAAAAUCAAGUCCAACUCCCAGCACCUCCUUAAAACUGUGAAGUGAGAAGAGGAACAUUCCCUGAAUGAUCCUGGUUUUUUGUACUGGACCUUUCUUUAUCAUUUUGUGCCUGAAAUGUUUGGUUUCUAAUUAUGAACAAGAUUCUGACGUAUACUGUGACAUAACCAGAAGUGUGUACUUGCUUGUCUGAGUCUGUAUCGAAAAUAUCAACUGAUUAUGCUUAUUGUGAUGAAUUACAGUCAUGUAAAAAAUCUAUUUGAACACAUAUCUU